ACUGCCAUCAAACUAUCUCCUUAAUCGAAACAUCCCACCUCCCCCAAGCGCACGUCCUUCGGUUACAACGAUAGCCUCACCAUCUCCAAUUCAAUACCCCCAAAAUCGAGAACCCACACCUUAAGGAGAUAGCCGUCCUGGGCAUGUCGGCUGCUACCACCGACCCGGCCCUUGUCGCCGCUCCCGCCCCGGACCUCUCUCCUGUUGAUGCCGUCGCUCAGGUAGGCCACGAUGUCACCUCCGUUGACCAUGUCGGCGAUCACGUCGGCGCAUCGCCAAAGGAGAGACAUUCCCUAACACUCGACCAACGCCGUGCUCUGCGUCGAUGGGCUAAUAGCCAGCCUAUCCGUCCCUCGCACAAGGCUUGUAUCGAAUGGUUCUUUUCCCAGUAUGGCCAGCAAAUAAGCCAGUCCACCGUGUCACACUCGCUGUCACCCAAGUACUCGCGUCUAGAUAGUGACAAUCCUCAACUUUCGGGUUCCCGUCUGCGCUACGGAAACUGGCCUGAUGUAGAGAAGCUCGUCCUUAUAUGGUAUCAACAGGUCCAAGCAUCUGGUCGCCAACCCACCAAUGAAGAACUUGGUGACAAGGCAAAAUCAAUAUUCGGACAGUUGCCUCGAUAUAAGGAUGAAAACCCUCCUGAGUUUUCUCCAGGUUGGAUCCAUCGAUUCAAGAAACGGUAUGGACUUUUGAUCAGACGACAACGCCGCCAUGGGGAUGGAGGGAUCAAUGCCGCCGAAGAUAUAGGAUACCUGGCAGAUUGUGUCCCUCGUUACAUGAGCGUCGCCCCUGACACAAGUCCAGCUGCGGUCAAAGAAGAAAUCAUUCGCGCUGUUGGUAUCGAACCCACCCUCAACACAUGUGCCUUGGUGCGCGAUGAAGUGGUCCGUAGAAUGACAGGCCCUCCUCAACAGGUGCCUCCACCACCUCUCAUGAUGACGCAUGAUCCCCCUUCAAUCCCGCCUCCUCAGCCUGACCAGCCCAUCUACGCCGAUGAUGACCCUGAAGUCGUCUUACAGAAUGCUUUGCGCCAGCUUCAGCAAGAAGAACAAGCUGCCGAAGAACAGGCAGCGGCUGUACGAGAAGAGCGUGAACGCGCAGAAAGAGCAGGACUUCAGCCCAACAGCAUUCUGACCACACCGACCGUGCGUGCUACUUCCGUCCAGCGCUACACGACCACACCAGCGCACGAAAUGGCUACUAACCUCACCCUCACUCCUAUUACGUCGGAACAGCCUAUAACUCAAGAUGACCGGCCCGUGCGAUGCCCAUUCUGUGUCAAUCAACGAAUGCUGCGGUCCAUCAAAGAGGCCGUGGAACAUCUUUCUACUCACGUUGUUGUUUGAGAGUUUGUUGGAGUAUGUAGAACCGCCAGGCUUGUGAGGGAGUACUGGUUGACGACUUGGGUUUUUGGAGUUUCGGUAGACGAAUAAUGUGGAGUUCGGGUUAUAAAUGUUUGUGAAAACGCACCUCAAGUUAUCUUUCUAGGAAGGCAAUGCCAAAUGGAUCCUUACAAUUUGCUUUUGUUUCGUUGAUUUUCCGUGAAUGGCUCACAAAUAUCUUAUCUAUGCUGUAUAAUCCAACAUGGUCGUUGCCUCGUUUAUAGUAGUCCGCUUGCUUUCAAUGCUUUCAUAACCUCAUCACUAUCCUUCUGAGCUUGAGACUUGUGCUUCUUGUGCUCGCCCGGAUCAAUAUAGUUCACCCAGAACUUAAGACCCUCCAAUCCCUCCUCGCGACACAGCUCUCCUCGCUCUUCCGCCAUCAACAACUCUUCCUCUGCAACACCAAGACUCCAGCCGAAGCGUUCUGCAGCUUCUUGGGCUGUAACUCCUCUGCCAAACUCUUGCCAGUCCCAAGGCACUUCGCGCUCAGGAGGAAACUCG